UGAAGUGACUGAGCCGGUCCACACUCAGCCACAGGAGGAGACGGAGCUAUGACAACGAAAAAAGCGUGUGUGGAGGCGCCCAAGAGGAGCAGGAGUCCGGUCGUUCUAGAGGCGGAGAUGUUCAGCGAAUUUCAGGACUGGUGUCUCCGGACCUACGGAGACUCGGGCAAAACAAAGACAGUCACCAGGAGAAAAUAUAACAAGAUCAUGCAGACGUUAUUGCAGAACGAGGAGUCGGACGGCGUCUAUGUCGACAACAGCCACAUCAACGCCAAAUUCAAAUUCUGGGUCAAAUCCAAAGGAUUUCAGGUCGGAAAUAACAUCUUAGGAGAGCACAACAAGAAAGGAGCCCCGGGGAAACCCGUGCUAUACGUCCCGGUCAAGUCUACGUGCUCGGACGGGAGCUCAGUGCAGGAGAACUCGUCACUGAAGCGCGUGGCGGUGGUGGAGGACUUCUUCGACAUCAUCUACGCCAUGCACGUGGAGAUCGGCACGGACCCCGGCAGAGCGCCCAAACACGCGGGCCAGAAGAAGACGUACAAGGCGAUCGCAGAGACAUACGCCUUCCUGCCCCGUGAGGCGGUGACUCGGUUCUUAAUGAGCUGUGGGGAGUGUCAGAAGCGGAUGCACAUCAACCCGAGCGCCGCGGAGUUCAAAGAAAAUGACAGACCGGCCUCACUGGUCCCGGACCUCAUCGACUAUAACAUGCCUCUUACCGCCACCUACCUGAAGCAGAUGAAACUGCAGUGCAUGACCAACACUGAGCGGGACGACAGCUCGAUGAGCAGUGAGGACAUGGCCAGUGCAGAGCCCACGUGGAUCACAGUGGAGCAGCCUCCAGUGCCUGAGCCGAGCCCGCCCAACGGGGAGCACGCCGCGACCGACGCCGUCAAAGAUGAGAUGGAAGACGAGGACUCUUCGGACAGCGCCAGCGCCAACGGGCUGCCGGCUCUGACCCCGCCCGAGGCGCUGUCUGCGGGGGGCGCCGUCCCAGACGGAGCGGCCUCUUUCGGGGAAGUGACGGAGAACGGGCUGAGCGCUCCCCUGGACUUUAGCACAAACUCCUCGUCCUCUUCCUCCGAGGAUCAGCAGCCUGUUAAUCUGAGCGACCGGAUUCUGCCGUCGGCCGCGUCACCGCUCAACUCCUACCCCAACGACCCCAACAGACAGUUCCCCGUCAAAACGGACUACGCCAACAAGUCUCCUCCGUACAGCUCAGGGAGUUACGACUCUGUAAAGACUGAAGCGAGUCUGAGCGAGGCCCGAGCUCAGAUCAUGGACGACGACGACGACGACCACGACGAGCACGACGACAGCGACAAGAUCAACGACGCCGAAGGGAUGGACCCGGAGAGACUCAAAGCCUUUAAUAUGUUUGUUCGCUUGUUCGUGGAUGAGAAUCUGGACCGAAUGGUUCCCAUUUCAAAGCAGCCCAAGGAGAAGAUCCAGGCCAUUAUGGAGUCCUGCGGCCGCCAGUUCCCAGAAUUCCAGGAGCGUUCCCGCAAACGUAUUCGUACCUACCUCAAAUCCUGUCGCCGCAUGAAAAAAGGCGGCUUUGAGAUUCGCCCAACACCUCCUCACCUCACCUCCGCCAUGGCUGAGAACAUCCUCGCCGCUGCCUGCGAGAGCGAAUCCCGCAACGCAGCCAAGAAGAUGCGGCUGGACGUGUACCCAGCCACGGAGGAGCCUAUGUGCAUUGACAAGCCCGCCCCCCGAGACCCCGCCUCUUUGGCCGCCCCCGGGUUCACCAUCGCCAGCACAGCUUUCGCCCAAGACCAGCUCUACGCCAACGGAGGCCUCACCUACAGCGUUCGAUACGGGACCGUCAGCAGCACCCAGCCGACCACGGGAACCACACAAACCAACGGGCCCACAGAUCUUAGUAUGAAGUCGGUCGGGCCAAACUCCACCUCGUCCAGCGCCAAUGGUCAGGGUGGAGGCGGAGGGGGGGCAUCCGCACAGCUCAGCCCCCCCGAGGUGACGGCGGUGAGGCAGCUCAUCGCGGGCUACAGAGAGUCCGCGGCCUUCCUGCUCCGCUCCGCCGACGAGCUGGAAAACUUGAUUCUGCAGCAGAACUGAACCGGACUGUCCUGCUCCUGGCCUUUCACCAGUGUCACUCUCAGUCACAAAUCGGGAUUUUGGAUCAGCACAUCGGCUGGAGUGGCCCUGCACACUGGUCCUGUAGGUGCAGAUCUUUAGCUGCGCUCACAACAUAUCAGAAAGGAUUAUUUAUGCAUUUGGUGGACUUUGGUCCUAGCGCCCUGGUAUCUGUAGCCAUUCAUCCCAUCCAGCUCAUUGUACACUCCACUGCCAUUCAUCUCAGGAAGAUCUGUGGGAACUGUUCACACAAGGACAAACUACCAGAGGUGUUACUUUAGCUUUGAAUCGACUGACUGUG